AGUGCGGGACGCGGCGCGCGAGGGGCGGCGACGGCCGCGGGCGCUCAAGCAUGGCGGCUGCGGCGCUGGGCAGCUCGUCGGGCUCCUCGUCCCCGGCGGUGGCCGAGCUCUGUCAGAACACCCCGGAGACCUUCCUGGAGGCGUCCAAGCUGCUGCUCACCUACGCGGACAACAUCCUCAGAAAUCCUAAUGAUGAAAAAUACAGAUCUAUCCGAAUUGGAAACACAGCUUUUUCUACUAGACUGUUGCCUGUCAGAGGAGCUGUUGAAUGUUUAUUUGAAAUGGGCUUUGAAGAGGGAGAAACACAUCUUAUCUUUCCUAAAAAAGCUUCAGUGGAGCAGUUGCAAAAAAUUCGUGACCUGAUUGCCAUAGAGAGAAGUAGCAGAUUGGAUGGUUCAAAUAAGAACCAUAAAGUAGAGUUAUCUCAGCAGCCUGCAUCAACUACCCAGCUUCCUGCACCGCAGUCUUCAAAUCCCAAUGGGUUAACUCAGCAUGCAGGGGACAGUGGAGGGCGGCCAUCAAAUCCAUCAUCUGCUCCAAUGGUCACCGCUGAUCCAGUCAUUCUAAAAGUUCUUCGGUCCAACAUUCAGCAUGUGCUGGUCUAUGAGAACCUUGCUCUCCAGGAGAAAGCAUUGGCUUGUAUUCCAGUCCAGGAACUAAAAAGGAGAUCACAAGAAAAGUUAUCUAGAGCAAAAAAAUUGGAUAAAGGUACAAAUUUAAAUGAUGAGGAUUUUCUUUUGCUGGAGCUUUUACACUGGUUUAAGGAAGAAUUUUUUCACUGGGUGAAUGAUAUUUUAUGCAGCAAAUGUGGUGGCCAAACUAAGUCUAGAGGGGAAUCAUUAUUCCCAAAUGAUGAUGAGCUAAAGUGGGGUGCAAACAGAGUAGAAGAUCAUUACUGUGAUAAAUGCCAGUUCAGCAAUCGAUUCCCAAGGUAUAAUCACCCUGAGAAACUUCUGGAAACAAGGUGUGGACGAUGCGGCGAGUGGGCCAAUUGUUUUACACUGUGCUGCCGAGCCUUAGGGUUUGAAGCUCGCUAUGUUUGGGAUUGUACAGACCAUGUCUGGACAGAAGUCUAUUCUCCUUCUCAGCAGCGGUGGCUGCACUGUGAUGCGUGUGAAGAUGUUUGUGACAAACCACUCCUUUAUGAAAUAGGGUGGGGAAAGAAGCUUUCCUAUGUCAUAGCAUUUUCUAAAGAUGAGGUGGUUGAUGUCACUUGGAGAUAUUCUUGUAAACAUGAAGAGGUAAUUUCCAGAAGAACUGAAGUUAAAGAAGAGUUACUUCGAGAAACUAUUAAUGGACUUAAUAAACAGAGGCAAGUAUCUUUAUCAGAAAACAGAAGAAAAGAACUACUUCAGAGGAUAAUUGUGGAACUUGUUGAAUUUAUAUCUCCCAAAACCCCUAAACCUGGAGAACUUGGUGGAAGAAUAUCUGGGUCAGUGGCUUGGAGAGUAGCCCGAGGUGAAAUGGGUCUAGAGAGAAAAGAAUCCCUCUUCAUCCCUUCUGAAAAUGAGAAGAUUUCUAAAAAGCUUCACCUUUGUUACAACAUUGUGAAAGAUCAUUAUGUCCGAGUUUCAAAUAAUAGUGAAACCAUUUCUGGAUGGGAGAAUGGUGUAUGGAAAAUGGAAUCCAUAUUCAGAAAAGUUGAAACAGACUGGAAAAUGGUGUAUUUAGCCCGAAAGGAAGGAUCAUCUUAUGCUUGUAUUUCCUGGAAGGUUGAGUGUGGGUCAGUUGGCCUGAAAGUGGAUAGCAUCUCCAUUCGAACAAGUAGCCAAACCUUUCAGACUGGAACAAUACAGUGGAAAUUGCGAUCUGAAACAGCCCAGGUGGAAGUGACAGGCGAUAAAACUCUUCACUCCUAUCAUGAUUUUUCUGGUGCCACUGAAGUUAUUUUGGAAGCAGAGUUAAGCAGAGGAGAUGGUGUUGUUGCUUGGCAACACACCCAGCUGUUUAGACAAAGCUUAAAUGACCAUGAAGAAAAUUGUUUGGAGAUAAUUAUAAAAUUCAGUGAUCUUUGAGAACCUGAACAUUAUAGAAAAUCUGGCAAUAAUCAAAGCCUUACCAUAUCCUAUAGUAGUCUAUAGGUUCAGUGCAUGCUUAGUUGGCCAUUUACUACCCUCUGCUAGCAUAUUUCCUUUGCUAGCUAUCAUGUAACCCUCAUGAAAAUCUAUCUUUGUACAAUGGACCAUAAUGAAACCUUGAAUUAAAAGCU